AAUUUGGGUUUUUUUGGAAGGCGGCUCAUAAGACGACCCGGAAGCGGAAGUCGAAGAACGUUCUAGUAGCUUGAGGUAUCGGCGGGAGCGGCCGAGAAGCGCGAGCAGCCGUUACCAGAGCCGGAGCCGCCGGUUAAACCUGAUCAAGAUGACAACUUCCCAAAAGCACCGAGACUUCGUGGCAGAGCCCAUGGGGGAAAAGCCAGUGGGGAGCCUGGCCGGGAUUGGUGAAGUCCUGGGCAAGAAGCUGGAGGAAAGGGGCUUUGAUAAGGCUUAUGUGGUUCUUGGCCAGUUUCUGGUGCUAAAGAAAGACGAAGACCUCUUCCGAGAAUGGCUGAAAGACACGUGUGGUGCCAAUGCCAAGCAGUCCCGGGACUGCUUUGGGUGCCUUCGAGAAUGGUGCGAUGCCUUCUUGUAGUGCACUCUGGGGGCUCCUCAGUCCCCCCAGCCACAGAAUCUAGUCUCCAGAGUCGGCAGCUGGGUGGGGCUGCUCCCUGUCCCCAUGAAGGAAAAGAUUGCUGUUAUCACAGUCACCUCCUUUGUACUCCGGGGUCUUUUGGGAGUUCUCUUCCCCACAGCCU